CGUAGCCUAUACUCGGUCCCUCACGGCGAAAUCAAAAUGGCGUCUUUCAAGAUGUAGUUGUUUUCAGGGGCAUUUUCCCUAUACUCUGGUGUUUUCCCUUGCCUUUUAAUGGCCUAAUAUUUUGCAGAUCGUUUAGAAAUUUGUGAUAUUGGAUGACAACUAAACUGGGGCUGUUAAACGAUGUACAAUUUCGCUUUCUUUGCCCAGAUGAUAUUGACGAAGUCAAACGGCUAUGCCGGGAAUGGUUUCCAAUCGAAUAUCCAGAUACUUGGUAUAAAGAGAUAACAUCAAAUCCAAGAUUCUUCUCACUAGCUGCUACGUACUGUAAAUCAAUUAUUGGCCUUGUUGUAGCUGAGGUUAAACCAAGGGGAAACUGCAACAGAGAGGAUGCAGGCAUUCUGGGCUGCAGCUACGAUGAUGAUUUUCAAGUUGCCUACAUCUUAAGUAUUGGGGUUGUUGAAGGCUAUAGAAGGCACAAAAUAGGAUCCCUACUACUCGACAGUCUGUUGUCAAAUCUGACCACACCAGAGCGGCAUUCCUGCAAAGCUAUCUAUUUGCAUGUCUUAACAUCCAACAUGGCAGCCAUGAGGUUUUACGAGAGCCGCUGCUUCCAGAGGUUCCGAUUCCUGCCCCUGUACUACUCCAUCAAUGGUGUUCAUCACGAUGGCUUUCUCUAUGUUCUGUACAUCAAUGGUGGGGAGCCACCCUGGACUCUUGCUGAUGCUCUUAGUUAUGCUGGUUCAAAGCUCAUCCAACUCCAGCCAUGUAAGCUCCCAAUGUACCUGCUCAACUCUCUCUAUCAUUUCUUUGCCUGGUUUGCUCCUGUACAGAGUGUGCGGGAUUCCUGUGUCAGGACAAUGUGACACCCACCAGCUUGCUCCUGUCAGAUCAUGCCAACUCUGGUAUUAGAACCACAUGGACCCUGUCAUUUAACUGAUUCACUCAACUUUGGGCAAAGCCAGCAUGCAAGUACUCUGGGUACCAGAGGCUCCAAGCUUCGUGGGGCAACAAUUUGAGAGAAGCGAACGAGCCUCUGGUGCAACGAUUGCCAGCCUCACUAUGGUGAUAGCGAUGUCACAGAUUUCUUGACAAACCAGUUUCACAGCCACACAAAUAUGACCUGUCAAAAUGUUUGCAUUUGUGCUACACGUUAGUUCUACAUGCCCGUACAAGUUUCGCAUCGAUAUGGCAAUACCUUGUGGAUACAGUGAACUCUGCAAAAACAGUAUUUAAUCAAAAUAAUUUUAGUUCAGUGUGCAGCAAUAAUACAUCGAAGCGUGUUCUACUCAGUACAAUUUUUUUUCUGAAACUAAGGCUAUAAAGUUUGUAGAGCAUUUCUCAAGCUGAUUGUUCAUUCGGACACAAUUAAACCCUGUCUGUUAUUUGCAUAAACUGGACAAAUCAGGCCAUAGCAGGGGGUGGGUCACCAGGGGCUGUGCCUUCCCCCCCCCAUAUUUUUCAAAAUUAUAAAGAAAUGACCAGUAGGGGCGUGGCUGUGCAACCCAUUUAUUUUUUAAUGUUUCUGUAUCAUGCACCAUCCUCCAGGCCCGGGAAACGACUAAAAGAUUUGCCGCUUAUUCACUGAUCAUCAGCUUAGCUGAAAUGAUUUUGUUUGUAUACGUUUUCCCAAGAGAAAACAGGUUUGAUUGUAAUGGAGACUAUCCUCCAAAUAGGGAAUACUAACUACAAUAGCAACUUUUAUUGAACAAUCAACGGCGUAGUAGAAAUCUUGUAUGAAUACAUUAGCACCAUAGUGAGGCUGACAAUCCGUUGCACCAGAGGCUCGUUCGCUUUGCUGAUAACUUUUUGCCACAAAGCAUGGGGCCUCUGGUACCCAGGGUAGCAUGCAAGGCUUAUGCAACAAGACAUGGAUGUGAUGGCAGCUUCCUCCUGUGUUUAUAUCAUCAGCUGAUACACGACUCCCGCAUCAGGAAUCACUCAACUUAAGCGUAUAGUAGUAAGACAGGAUAGUCAUACAAGUUAAGUAGUACAGAUAGGGGACUUGCGCUAAGAGAUCACAUGACCUUUUUGGGUGGCAAAUUAAAAACAAAAUAAUCAAACAAAAAAAUCAAAAAAGGCGCCUGUCACACAUAAGAGAACGACGAAAAAAAAUAAAAUCUUUAAAUGAAACUAAACUCUUUCUGGAAAAAAAAAUUUAUUUCGUAAGCGCUGAAUAAGUUGCUUUGUGUUGCUGUGAUUUUGCCACUAAAAGCCUGAGCGCACGCUGGUUUGCCACCCAAACAGUCACGUGAUCUCUUAGCGCACGUCCCCUAUUGUGCAAGCAUUUAGUGUUGCACUGGUGACUAUCUUACUGCUGGUCUGUCUCCCUUGCAGCCAUUCUGAACUUGUCAUGCUAAGCAGCCCUUGGGCCUACUGGGAUGGCUACAAGGGAGACUAAACUCUGGGGUAUGAAAUAUAUUUUCAUCCUGAUUAUUCACUUAACUAUUACUGAGGGGGUGCACUGUCAUAGUUACCAUAGUUACCAUUUAAUGAUCCUUCAAUAAGAAAUUACCCAUUUUUUGGCAGCCAGGAGAGGGGAGGUGCAAGCACUCAGUUUUAGUGAUGGGUAGGUAGGAAGCAUAAGUUUGAAGAAUUACUCAAAAUGGUACCAUUUACCAGCCAAGAUGUUUGAUUCGUGUUCACAUGGAUAUACUGGUGUGGAUAAUCUUAUAUGCUUUCCCAGGAUAACUUGACAGUAGUAUGCACUUUCAACAAAUAUAGGAUAUAAUAUAUAUAUAUAUAUAUAUAUAUCUCUUUGGCAGAGUCGAUUUCCAGUUUUUGGUGUAUUGUAUUCAUGCAGUUCUGGUACGAGAUCGCGACAGUUUGGGCUUUUUUAUUCUAUAAGAUAUGGGAUAUAUAUAUAUAGGAUAUGAAAUUUUUAUGUUGUUUUGAUGAUUGAGAUUAUUAGGGUACACACCACCCCACUAGAAACAAGAAAGGCACACCCAUGCCAAUACAAGUAUUUACACCAAAUGUCUGAACAUGAAUGAUACAUCUCACUAGAUUUUCUCCAAAUGCAAUUUUCGUUGCAAGCUUUUUCAUCAAUUCUAAAUGGAACGGUGGCUUCUGGUUCUUGUCACGUUGGCUUUUCCAUUUUGCCUUUUCGCUUUAGGUUUUUAGGAAUAUUACUAUUUUUUAAAGCUUAAAUAUCACGUUUACCACUUUUUCUGGCAUGUGAAUUUUAUUUAUUAUUUUUAUAUCCUGGUGGGGGGGGGAGGGGAUGCAAGAGGCUGUCACACUCCAUAGAUUUGCGAUAAGGUAAUAGCACGUGACAAACGCCAGAAAUUGGUGUAACGAGCGAAAAAUAGGACUGAGAUAAAUAUCUCCCUUUUGUAUAUAAUAUGACGAUUUUUAUAAGAAAAUUUGUUGUAAGACGUUUCUCAGUAUAAAACAGUUAUCAAGAUAAGACACCGUUCUCAGGA